CGGAGGGAAGCGUGCUCACCCACACCUCACCCACCCGGCGGGGCACGGCGCCCUGCCUCCUGCGCGCCUGGAGGAGACGUUCCCCGUCCUGCCGCGGUGGGUGCUGCUGGUGUGUUGGGUGUCUCUGGAGCAUGGUGUGAGCUUCAGAACAGCAGCGGCGUGGGCUCACCCUGCUGCUGGCUAUAGCGGGGCUGACGCGGUCCUGCUGCAGAAGUCAGCCUUGGGGCUGCAUCACCUCUCAGGGCGAGGAGCCUGCCAGCUCACGGGGCUGUGCGGAUAGGCUUUGCUGGAUUGUGCAAACAGCUCACACACACAAGGGUGAUUUUUACACUGAUUUCUAAGCGCAGUAAUAAUUAAGGACAAGUCAGCGAAAGGAGGGAGGUUUCCUGGAGUUGGAAAGCUGGGGGCUGUGCAUGUGCCUCUGGAGGGGCGGUGGGUGCUCUCACCCUGAACAAAAGGCGCUUGUCUUGCAGCCGAGGAGCGCAGUGCGGCUAGAGGAGAGUUUCCUGCCGGUGCGCCUGUGUGUCCCCGCGUGGGGCAGUGAGGGAGAGGCGGUGGCGCUGAUGUGGCACUGCACUAGGUAAGGCAGCACCUCGUGUGUGUGUGGGAUGAGCAGGCGCUUCCUCCUCCGCGCGGGGAGUCCCAGGCAUGACGUGGCAGCCUCCGAGGUGAGUCCGGCUGUGCCAACACCCUGCCAGCCCCUGCAGCACCUUCCUGGAGGCUUCUCUGCUGGUCCUGCCCUCCCUGCUGGAGGUGAUGAUUCCCCCGGAGCAGGGACACCCAGAUCCAGAGGAAAGUGCAUCCAGAGCCUUCUUCCAAGUCUCCAAGGCUGGAGAGCUGCAAGUACAGUGACAGCGGGAGCUGUCAAAACGAGGGCAGGAGACAAGGACAUCAGACAGCCCCCGUUCAGUAACAACCCCUUUCCAUCCCGCUUUUCUGUCCCAGCUCGGCUUGCUCAGCCAUGAACGUCUCCGUGCUUGGCAGCCAGCUGAGACACCCCGAGCCCCAGGAUGUGGCCGCCUUCACUCCCAUCUCUGUCGUUAGGAGCAUGACGAAGAAAUCUGACGCCCUGCCCAUGAUCUCAAUGAUCGUGGCCAUCUUUGUCCUUUUGGCCAUCUUCAUCAUCGUUGUGGUGCACUAUGGCCCUCAGCUCCGCACCAUCCAGAUCACCCUUUACCACGAGCCCAUGCCACAGGACUUGGACGACGGGGUGCACCUCACGGACUGGAGGAAGCUGGGCUCCCAGAAGAAGCUUCCUGCCCAGCCUGGCCAGUGGGAGCUGGGCGGUGUGGCCACAGCCGGCCUGAGCUGCCAGUGCUCCUGCAGGCACCACCUCCCCUGCAGGAGCGCCGAGCCCAACGUCAUCGAGAUCACCUACCUGUGAAAAUAGGGACUGGGAUGAUGGCUGAUUGCAGGAAUCAUGUCUGUCUCCAGGGGGCUGAGUGUCACUGCAGUGACCCAUCGGCAGCCCCUGAACAUCCAGACCCGUGUCCCUCUUGCAGUGCACAGCUCCAGACAGGCAAUGACACCGUUAUUUGGCUGCACCAGGCAAAAGCUGAGUCCUCAGCCCAGGCUCCGGGACUGUGUCAGCCUACGUGGGACAGCUUUAGCAUUUUUCUUGCCCUGGUUUCACCCACAGGCUGUCCCACGCUGCCUGGAGUGCCCAGGAGAACCAUCUCGGUCCCUGCUCUGGGAGCACUGACUUUACCCUCAGCCCCUUGGCAGGAGCUGGAAGUUGCCUGGUCUGGAGUUGCUUUCUGGAUUAAGGACGUUUCCACAUGCACAGUGUCCCCAUUAUUCUGAUGGCGUGGCACAGAAAAACCUCCAGUCCCUUUUGCCCUCCAUGCCACGGCCCCUUUCCCUCUGCUGGAGAGCUGGACUCUGUCCUCCCUCCUGCUGGCCCUGGAGAGGGCUCAGCCCGCUGUGACAGACAGCCUGCAGCAUCUCUGUGCACCACAACAGGGCGUGGAGACCUGAGGGCAUCUUCAGUGUGGUCAUCUUCAUCGUCCCCACUGCUGUCUGCUGCCCCCGAACCAGGAAAAGCUCUGUGCUCUGCUCGAGGGCCCAGGACCAGCACUGUUGGGAUGGAUGUUGGUGCGUCUCAGUCACCCCAGGCAGGUACAGGUACAGAGGGAGCAGAUGGAAGGGUGAAACAUCAUCCUUGGCCCCGCAGGGUGACAGCAGACUGUGGUGUCCUGCUCGGCUCUGGGAGCCUUCCUGCUGCUGGAGGUGCUAGGCACCUCUUUGGGCAAGAAACUGGUCACAGCUUCUCCUCACUCGGUGGAAAGUGGGCGUCAAAGCCUGGCUUCAGUGCGUGGGCUCACAGGCAGUCCCUGGGGAGGGAACAAACCUCUGGGAUCACCCUGAAGGAUUUUGUUCUGGUGAGUAGUCCCAGAAGUCAAACACAGCUCCCACCUCUCCCCUUCCCACGCCAGCACAGCAAAGCCAGAUCUGUGCCCACCCCAAGCUGCAUCCUCAGCACAGAUCCGUCUGGGCACUGAUGGAAAAGAACCAGGGGCUUUCACCCCUUCCUCCAGUGCUGGGCAUUGCUGACCUGGCAGGUGCUCCGGCUUCCUCCAGCUCACUUAAUUCCA